GAUCUUCUUUUGAAUCAAUCAUUUCUCGCAUCUUCUCUUCUCCCUCCGACACUCUCUCUGUGCUUUCUGAAAUUUUCAUUGUUUUUUUUAAUUCAAACAAUCUUCACGCCAGAGAUCUCUCCAGAAUCAACAAUGGAUAAUCCUGUUGUUCAAGAGGUUCUGGAGAAGCAAGUUCUGACGGUGGUGAAGGCCAUGGAGGAUAAGCUGGACGAGGAGAUCUCGGCUUUGGAUCGGCUCGACGAUGACGAUCUGGAGGCGUUGAGGGAGAGGAGGCUACAGCAGAUGAAGAAAAUGGCGGAAAAGAAGAGACGUUGGGUUGGUCUCGGACACGGUGAGUACUCGGAGAUCGCCUCCGAGAAGGAUUUCUUCUCCGUCGUCAAGGCGAGCGAACGAGUCGUUUGCCACUUCUACCGCGAGAACUGGCCCUGUAAAGUGAUGGACAAGCACAUGAGUAUAUUGGCAAAGCAGCACAUCGAGACACGAUUUGUGAAGAUUCAGGCGGAGAAAAGUCCGUUCUUGGCUGAGAAGCUGAAGAUUGUCGUUCUUCCGACGCUAGCCCUCAUAAAGAAUGCCAAAGUGGAUGACUAUGUGGUUGGGUUUGAUGAGCUCGGCGGCACUGAUGAGUUCAGCACAGAGGAUCUCGAAGAAAGGUUAGCAAAAGCUCAAGUGAUCUUUUUCGAGGGAGAGUCAUCCCAUAAGCCGAGGUCUAGUGGACAAACCAGGAGGAGCGUAAGACAGAACGCAGAUGCGGAUUCUGACUCGGAUUAGAGUCCGAAUUCGACCAGGUUUACUACUUGCAGGGAGUAUAUCAUGCCGGGUUUUCGUACUAUGAAGAGGAGUGCUAUAUUUCGAGAGGCUUCUCAACAAGUUUGCUCUAUACAACUCUCUAGGUAAAAGAAAUUCUUCCGAACAAAUAUGUUGUCGUCUUUAAUUACAAGUGGUUCAUCUUUCCCAUGAUCCCAUCAUUUUGAUGAUCUAGGUCAUUGGCUAUGUUCCUAGUAUUAAUUAUCAGCAAUUUGAUUAACCCUUUUCAAUUUUUUUUGGAAAACAAAGCCUCGAUCGAGAUUUUUGCUUGGAAAUUA